AGCUGGCUUUGCUCUGACCACAGUAGAUUUGGGCUGGAGAUUGCAGAGAAACCACCUGAUGGGGAGGAAAGGGGCCGAACACAUCAUGGGCUUCCUGGGGCUGCAGCCCCCGUGCAGUUCCUCAUUCCGCUCACACUCGGGCCUCAGGGCUUGGGGGAGCUCGGCACCGGGGUGUUGGUGGCAGAGCUGAGGGGUCCCCCACUGCCCCGUCAUGGCGUCUGCUCUCACCAUCCUCUUCCUCGGCUGCUGGCUGGCUUUGCGGAGCGGGAUGUUGGAACAGGGGUCCCUCCCCAAACCCUCCAUCUCCGUCAGCCCCGGUGGGGUGAUCCCUGUGGGGGGAAACGUCACCAUCCGGUGUCGGCAUCAGCACCUGGGCAUGAGGUUCCUCCUCUACAAGGCUGGAGUUAAGAACUAUCUGAACUACACAGACGCUGCUGGCUCUGAGGCUCAAUUUCCAAUCACCAGCGCCAGACGGGAACACGGUGGCAACUACACCUGUCGCUAUAGCAACAUAACAGGACCAGUUACCUACUCGAAGCCCAGCGACCCUGUGCAGAUCAUUGUAGCAGGCGGAUCAGAAUCGCCGGCACCUCCGGGUCAGACCAGCCCCAUCAUCGCCGGGGUUAGCGCAGCAGCCGCCGUCCUCCUCCUCCUCCUCGUGGCCUUCGUCUGCUUCAGAAAAACCCGAGCCAGAAAAGGAGCCGCACCGAGACCGAGCAGCCCUUUGGGGGUGUUGAAGGCCCCGGCUCAGCAAGACAACAUCUAUGCCUCCAUGGACGAAGGGAAAGAGCCGCAGACCCUGGAGCCCGACCCCAACACCUACGCCGAGCUGGACCGCCAGACGCUGCAGCCCAGUGUGUACGAUGUGAUCAACGUGAGCCGGGGAGCCCCGCAGUGAGAGCCCCCCGCAGCCAUGGGGCACCAGACCCCAGGGGGCAACAGCCUCACGCCCCAACAGUGACAGCCCCAGAGAACUCUACAUCUAGGGAAGAUUUAGGGAGGACGCUGCCCUCCCCUCGCUGCAGCCCCGUCCCAUCAAGCUUCUGUCCCCCUACCCCGCCUACAUGUGGGGGGAAGGGGGGGCUCAGCACUGGGAUGGGUAGGAGACGCUUCAAGGCAGCUUUGAUGUUAUUUUGCAUCCUGUUAACCUCCAGAUUUGUAAUAAACACAGAUCAUUAAACCAGCCCCCCCGGGCAGCCCCCUGUACCGGCGCCAGAGGAGUGUGGCACACCUGGGGUAGAUGGGGCGC